AGCUGAUUGGCUGGCUGAGGAAAAGGGAAGUAAAAAAAAACCCCUUAAAAACACGUUGCGUUAUUAUCCAGCAGGAAACCAGAGAAAAGGCUUCAACCGGAAUGUGAGAUUUUCAUUUUAAAGUCCUCGGCACGCGGAGACAUAAUAAACUAAAUGUGAACGUUUCACCUCCUCCACUUGCGACGUGCGCGUGAGAAUCGAUCGCGCUUCCUGGUUUCCGGCUUCUUUGAUUCUCUGGAGAGAAAUAAAAAAGUCUCAAUAACACGGAUCGGAUCAACGCACGGAGAUGGAUCACGCACGACCGCAGGACGCGCAGCAGAACAAGGGCCCCAUGCUGCGGCACAGGGACGACGAGAGGCCCGCCGACGGCUCGCCGCGUCCCGCUGACUCAAAGAGGCUGAUCAGAAGAGUGCGAAGUCCCUCCAGGCCGAGGGCGUGGCUGGACAAUUCUUACAAGGCCAAGUUCGGAGGGCGAUUCCACGGACCUCAAUCUCCAAGGGAAGACCACUCGUUCUACAAGCCUGGCUUCUCCAACCAGAGGUACCACCCCUUCGACCCCCGGGGCGACUUCCACCGGAGGGACCACUUCCAGCACAAACCCCCCCACGCAGCACCGAGCGACAGGGAGCGCUACGAAAAGAGAGAGGGCGCCGAUGGAAGUUCACCGUCGAAACAGAACAACACUACCAGACCCUUCGUACCCAGAUGCAGCUCCAGCAGAGACAAGGACACGCAGUUCAUCGUGUACUACCAGGAGUGUGAGAUGUUCGGCCUGGUGGCGAAGAUGCUGAUCGCGAAGGACCCCUCGCUGGAGCUUCCCAUCCAGUCGGCGCUGCAGGAGAACCUCCGGGACAUCGGGCAGCGCUGCGUGGAGGGGAUGGAGAAGUUCAUAGCGGACUACGACUCCGGGGAGACGCCCCGCUAGGCGGAGGGUUCCAUUCCCUCGCGGCAGGAAUUGUUUCAUAACACCGCUUCAUGGGAUUUUUCAACGCCACUUGGUUUCGAUCUCCGGGGGUUGAGGGGAUCUUCUACUUUUGGGUCGAGGGGAUUUAAAAUUAAUACAUUUUUUGUAAAAUUACAAAUUACCGAGAGCGAGUCCCUCUAAUGGGGUACUCGUUUUAAGACAACACUCGUAGGCAUCAAUAGCCUACAUUGCAUAAUUAAAGAAGCAAAACCUGCUGGUAAAUGGCGGAGGAGGAGAGAAACGUCCACGCGGGGGCUUCUUAACCGGAGGGAAUAAUUGAUUCGAUUGGAUUGGUGGGAGAUCAGCGACUCGGCAUCAGACGUCACCGACGCUCUCGGCGGUGAGAGAGUGAAUAAAGCUGUUCUACAUUGAUUUUUUUGUGUGUAUGUUUGCAUCUGGCUUCCUGCUGCCUCUCCCUCCUGAAAACUUUUAUACUGAGAUUUUAUACUUCUUUUGAUUGUAUUUAAUAAAAUUUGAUGAUGAUAAUAAUAGAAACACUGACUCCUUGUUU